AUGAAUUGCACUUAUCACAUACAAAAUCCAAUCACUUCGAUAUGUAUAGCUCCACAUAAGUGCCAAUGCUAAAGAAAACUAUGUGGCGAAUGUCUCUAUGACCAUGGAGUGGAUAUAUAAACACAAACAACUCCAAUCAAUAAAUUUCGGGAUAUGGCUCUAAAGAAAAUUUAAGACUCCAAGCUUGAUGAUAACUCAGAAUUAACUAAAUAGAGAAUGGCCUUUAAAUCCUUAAUCUCUCAAACCGAUUAAAAGUUGAAGAAAAUAUGGGAGGAGUUGUCACAAUCAAUCUAAUAAGUAUACGAUUGGAUUGAUAAGGAAAACCAAUCUUACUUAAAUCUCAUCAAAGAAAAUACGAAUCUAGCUGAAUCCUCCUACACUGAUAUAGAAAAAUUAGUAAACAUUGUAGAAGGAACAACUUUAAUAGAUUGGAAUGCUUCGAAGAAUUCUUAUAUGAAGGAGUUAGAUAAGACCAAGUGCUGGUGGGACCAACAUAUAAAGGCUUUUAUUGAGAAGUCUAACUAAGGAAUCCAAUAGAUCCAAUCA